AAGCAACACAAAAUCAUUACGGGCAAAUCUCAUAAACCACGAAGUUGUAGACUUUAUAGUUUUGCAAUGGCGGAAGAAGUGAAGCUGUACGGCACAUGGGUAAGCCCUUUCAGCCGCAGCGUUGAACUCGCAUUGAAGCUGAAAGGCAUUCCGUAUGAGUACAUUGAAGAAGACCUGCACAACAAGAGUCCUGAUCUUAUAAAAUGCAACCCAAUUCAUCAGAAAGUCCCUGUGCUUGUUCACAAUGGAAAACCCAUCGUUGAGUCACUAGUCAUUAUUGAGUACAUCGAUGAGACAUGGAAGAACAACCCCAUUUUGCCUCAAGAUCCUUAUCAAAGAGCCAUGGCUCGCUUCUGGGCUAAGUUCAUUGAAGAAAAGAUCUUGCCUUUGGCAAUGAAGGCUACUAAUUCUGAAGAGGAGAAAGAGAAAGUGGGGGUAGAAAUAUUUCAGCUGAUGAAAAUCCUGGAGGGUGAACUCAAUGAGAAGGAUUUCUUUGGAAGUGAAAAUAUUGGAUAUUUGGACAUUGUGGCAGCCAUUAUAGCAGUUUGGUUCCGCGUGACCCAAGAAUUUCUUGGAGUAAAAAUAGUGAGUGAAGAGAAGUUUCCAGUCCUAUUCUAAUAGAUUGAGAAGCUCAAAGCCAUUGAUGUUGUCAAGCAAUGCCUUCCUCCUAGAGACAAACACAUUGCUUAUGUUAAAGCCCGCAUUGAAGCCGCCAAACUCAAAUCUACUUCCGAGUGAAGAGACUCAUGCUGCCAUUAUAAGUUUAUAGCCAGUACUUGCAGUGUUUUAUGGUUAUGUGUUGCCCAUUUUGUAUUUCUGGACAAGAUGAGAUUGUAUGUAUAAUCUUAUUUACAUGAAUAAAGUUUUGGUUUGUCA